ACUUGGUUUUUUCAUCAUUAAACCAUCAAGUUUUAAAACUAGUAUACUUGCUAGCAACAAGCAACAUUUGAAGUGCCUAUUUUUGGUACCUUUUGGUUCUUGUUUAAACUCAAAGAAAAAAUAUACAUGGAGAUUGUUUCUAUGUUUUGUUUAUUUGCAAUCAUUUCUUUCACUUUUCUUCUCCUCCAUUCAAUCUUCAAGUUCUUGGCUUUUGCUGCCAAGAAAUUGCCACUUCCUCCUGGAACUUUGGGUUGGCCUUAUAUUGGAGAAACUUUCCAACUUUACUCUCAAAAUCCCAAUGUUUUCUUUGCCUCCAAAAUCAAAAAGUAUGGUUCAAUAUUCAAGACUCAUAUAUUGGGCUGUACUUGUGUAAUGAUAUCAAGUCCAGAAGCAGCUAAGCAAGUUUUGGUCACAAGGGCUAAUUUGUUUAAGCCUACAUUUCCUGCUAGUAAAGAGAGGAUGUUGGGAAAACAAGCAAUUUUCUUUCACCAAGGUGAUUACCAUGCCAAGUUGAGGAAAUUAGUACUCCGAGCUUUCAUGCCCGAAUCGAUCAGAAACAUCGUCCCGGAUAUUGAAUCCAUUGCCAAAAGUUCGCUCGAAUCGUUCGAAGGAAGAUUGAUCAACACUUACCAAGAAAUGAAGACAUACACAUUCAAUGUUGCAUUGAUUUCAAUAUUUGGAAAAGAUGAAUUCCUAUAUAGAGAGGAACUCAAGAGGUGUUACUACAUUCUUGAAAAAGGGUAUAAUUCAAUGCCAAUCAAUCUCCCCGGUACACUAUUCAACAAAGCAAUGAAAGCAAGGAAGGAACUAGCAAAGAUUGUGGCCAAAAUCAUCUCGACUAGACGGGAAAUGAAGAUCGAUCAUAGCGAUUUGCUCGGGUCUUUCAUGGGAGAUAAAGAAGGACUUACUGACGAACAAAUUGCAGAUAAUGUCAUUGGAGUCAUUUUUGCAGCUAGAGACACUACUGCUAGUGUACUUACAUGGAUCCUCAAAUACCUUGGAGAAAAUCCUAGUGUCCUUCAUGCUGUCACAGAAGAACAAGAGGCUAUAAUGAGAAAUAAAGAGGAGAAUGGUGAAGAAAAAGUUCUAAAUUGGGCUGACACUAAACAAAUGCCUAUGACUACAAGAGUGGUUCAAGAAACACUUAGAGUUGCUUCUAUCUUAUCUUUCACUUUCAGAGAAGCUGUUGAAGAUGUUGAAUUUGAUGGAUAUUUAAUACCUAAAGGAUGGAAAGUACUACCACUCUUUAGGAACAUUCAUCAUAGUCCAGACAACUUUCCUGAACCAGAGAAAUUUGAUCCUUCAAGAUUUGAGGUGUCUCCAAAGCCCAAUACUUUCAUGCCAUUUGGCAAUGGGGUCCACUCAUGUCCUGGGAAUGAAUUAGCCAAAAUGGAAAUCUUGAUCCUUGUACAUCAUUUGACCACAAAGUACAGGUGGUCUAUGGUGGGCCCACAGAAUGGAAUUCAGUAUGGGCCAUUUGCUCUUCCCCAAAAUGGUCUGCCCAUUAAGCUAUCUCUCAAAACAUCAUCAGCAUAAGCCUAACAUUGAGAUAAGUGGUUAUUCCUCUAAAAAGAAAGAAAGAAAAAAAAAAAUGAUGAAGAACCACAAAUGGUUUUUCUCAAGAAAGAAAAAAAUAAAAAAUAUUAUACAAAAAUAAGUUGGGAUCCACAUCGCAUGAGCUUGACCAGCCCAAAAGGCACGAUCAAGACC